AUGCUUCCUAAGAUCAUGAAGAACAGAGUCAACAUUUGCGAGUCUGUGGAGGCUGAAAUAGUUAGAUUCUUUGCAUCUUUCCCUGAGUCCAAGCCGUCAUCCAAGUAUGUCCAGCGCCAGAUCCAUGGAACUCAAGGAGGUGUUGCCAACGACAGGAUUGAAGAUGCCCUGCGUCUCAACAAACCUGUAUUCUUCCGGGGCACACCACAAAUUCUCCAACCAAUACUAAGUCCUUAUAUGCCUGUGUCUAUUCAUGAUGCCACCCAUCCUCACCAGAAAGGGACAAUAUCAGAUGCGGUCGCUGGCAUGAAAGACCCGAUGACAAUCCAAAAUCUGGUGGUUUUGCUGGAGCCAGACAAUGCAGCAGUGCCCCAUUUACAAGAUGACGCCAACAGUGUGGCGACAUACAUUCACAUUGAGUCAGGUGGAAAGCUCUGGGUUUUCUUUCGUCCAAAAAUGUGA